CCGCAGCAGCACGCUGGCUGCAACACCGCAAGUCGGAGUAACUCGUGACUGUUAAUAAGACGAGCUGAUUUGCACGGGAAAAAGUUGCAUCGGUUCCUGGAAUAAGAUGUUUGUGCUUCCUUGACCGGUAGCUUCGCUCCUCCUAAAUAGCUGACAGUUCUUUCUCUUUCUGCUUCCCCCUUUUUACUGUUCCCGUUUCGGGGAAGAGCAAGAGGAUGCUGUGAGUUCUCUCUCUGCCUGACUGGCUGUUGACACUCAGAAGCAAAUCCUAGCUGUGUUCGAUGAGGUUUCCUUCCAGAGAACAACCUGCAAGGGGAAAAAUGAAGGAACACCUCAAAAAGAAAUCAAUUGACCUGCUGUGUGAAGGCGAUCAGUGGAUGUCUCAUUUACCAGAAUGUCUCUGGAGUGUCCCACUCUCAAAUCUAUCUCUUCCAGGGAGCCAUGAUGCAAUGACUUACUGCUUGGAUAAGGAAUCAAGAGUAAGCAUAAAUGAAUCCAAGUUGUUACAGUUUAUGGACAAACAUUUCCAUUCCGUAGUGCACCCAAUCAUUUUGAAUUGGUCCAUAACACAGGUGCUGACCGUGUUGGAACAACUGGAUGCUGGGAUUAGGUAUUUUGACUUCAGGAUUGCUCACAAGCCUGAUGAUCCUUCAAUGAACUUGUACUUUGUUCAUAUGCUGUAUACAACCAUUGAUGUGGAGGCUGUCCUGUGGGAUAUUUUACGAUGGCUGAAAAACCAUCCCUGGGAAGUUGUCAUUCUAGCAUUCAGGAAUUUUGAUGGAUUGGAUGAAGACCAUCAUCGUCAUUUGGUCUCCUGUGUAAAGAAGAUCUUUGGUUCCAGACUGUGUCCUAGAAAUGUUGUCCCGACCCUGCGGAAUAUGUGGUCCUGUGAUUAUCAAGUUAUUGUGUCAUAUGAAGAAAUUUCACAAGUGGUGCAACAUUCUGAGUUGUGGCCUGCAGUUCCAUAUUGGUGGGGAGAUAAGACCACAGCACAAAAACUUAUUAAGUAUUUGGAGCGGAGGAAACAAAAUGGACGCCCAGCGGGAUUAUUUGUUGCAGGAAUCAACCUUACUGGAGAAUUAGGGUAUAUUCUGGCACAUCUAAAUGGAUCUCUUAAGCAAAUGACCCUUAAAGCUCUUCCAUUCCUAAAUCUGUGGAUAAAGAAACAGCAUCCUGGAUCGAAGAAAGAUUGUAUUAACAUCAUCGCUGGUGACUUCAUAGAAAAAAGUGACUUUGUGCGGAAUGUGAUAGGUCUUAACAGAAAACUUUUAAAAUAGCUUUACCACUUGGCUGCUUUCAGUUUGAAAAAGAGGCAGCUGAUGGGGGCUCUCAAGUGAUAAGCUACCCACCUCACAGGAAUGUUAUGCAGAACUCAGGUGUAGCUGACUAAGGCUCUGUUUAAGAACCUUUACUUUCUCUGGAAGCCUAUACAAUGUUUAAAAAAAACCAGGAAUUUCAUCCAUCAUUGUCAUAUUUUUAUAUUUUCAUGUCCUGCUCCAAUAGGGUGCUUGCUUGAGUGUGUGAUCCGUCUGUGCAUAUCUGCCAAAUCUGGGUUGCUAGUGAUCACCUAAUUGAAGGGAAGAUUUGUUCUGUGUAGUCACACAUGGUAGUUCUUGAUGUAGUCAGCCACUGACAAAUGCCACAUUCAGAAGGAUGAUUUAUAAAGACUCGUGUUCCAGAAGAAUUAGGGACAAAAAACAACACAGGAACUGUCACCUAAAGACUGGGGUUUUUGCCCAGCAUGACUGACUAUGUUUCAAUGGUUUUUGCAGUUAGCAAUUGAUAUCAUUCUAUGCCAGAAAUUGAUCCAAAUAAAAAAUGGAAUGUAAGAAUAAUUGGAUGUUGUG